AAGUGAAUGAGCCUUUGACCUUUUAACAGCAGGUAGAGGAUAGAAAGCCCUUUGGCUGAUUGAUGAGCGAAAACUUGUGCUGAUGGCGGCGGUGGUGGAAGGGAUGUUACAAUGCCGGCGUUGAGGGUGUUUAUGGAAGUGGUGGCACCAGCUCUAGCAAUGACGUGGCCAUCUUAGGAUUCCCACUCAAGAGAAAAGUUGGCACCUUUUCUUUCCCAAAAAGAGAAAAAGAAAUCAUUUUUAAUUUUUUUUUCAUUCUGGUUUGAUCUUUAUUUUUUUAUUUUUGGUUUGUGGUGUUGGUUGAACUAUGGGUCCCUAAGACUGUUGGGAUAUGUCUGAUCUGAUUCAGUUCUGGCUUUGAUUUGAACCGUUGGAUAUUGAGAAAUUGGAUUUGGUACCUUAUAGAAGAUGUCACAGAAGAGGAUCAUGCGGGAGUUAAAGGAAAUGAAAGAUGUGAUCGGUAACAUGUCAAAGAGGGGAGAUCAAAGCAAGCUUUGGCGUAGCCAGACCAGAUCCUAUGUAGCUCCUGAUGAAGCACCAUUGGAACCUGAACUCACAGAGCAAAGCCCUUGGGCCAAUCUACCACCUGAAUUGCUCUCGGAUAUCAUCCAGAGGGUCGAAGAUAGCGAAACGGCUUGGCCUGCUCGAACUGUCGUUGUCUUCUGUGCUGCAGUUUGUAGGUCUUGGAGGGAAAUCACAAACGAGAUUGUGAAGACUCCCGAGCAAUGUGGAAGACUCACAUUCCCCAUCUCAUUGAAACAGCCGGGUCCUCGGGAGUCUCCGAUUCAGUGCUAUAUUAGAAGGGACAGAACGGCUUCUACAUAUCUUUUGUUCUGUGGUCUGGUGCCUUCCGAGGGAGAGAGAAAUAAAUUAUUGUUGGCAGCCAGAAAGGUCCGAAGGGCAACAUGCACAGAUUUUGUUAUAUCUUUGGUUGCAGAUGAUUUUUCUAGGGCAAGCAAUACGUAUGUUGGUAAACUAAGGUCUAAUUUUUGGGUACCAAGUUCACUAUAUGACAGUCAACCUCCAUGUGACUCGAUAAUCCCGUCAACUGCUCGACUGAGUCGUAAAUUUCACACUAAGCAGGUGUCUCCAAGAUUACCUGCAUGCAACUACAGCAUUGGUACUGUUACCUAUGAGCUCAAUGUUCUACGAACACGAGGACCAAGGAGAAUGCAUUGCAUUUUGCAUUCGAUUCCCAUCUCUGCUAUUCAAGGAGGAGGCACUGCUCUAACACCAUUAGCCCUCCCCAAAUCCUUUGAUGAACAACUUUAUCCCUUGAGUUCAAAAGGAAAGGAGCUGAUCAUAGAUCCCAUCUCUCCAAGCCUCUCGGCCACACCAGUAUUCUCCUCAGGCUCAGCAGAACCAUUAGCCCUUAAAAACAAGGCUCCUAGAUGGCAUGAACAGUUACAGUGCUGGUGCCUUAACUUCAAGGGGCGUGUGACAGUGGCCUCUGUUAAGAAUUUCCAGCUUGUUGCAGCUGUUGAGCCAUCACACAAUGUAUCACCUGAAGAGCAAGAGAAGGUGAUCUUACAGUUUGGAAAAAUCGGCAAAGACAUCUUCACCAUGGAUUAUCGUUACCCUCUUUCAGCUUUUCAAGCUUUUGUAAUCAGCCUAAGCUGCUUUGACACCAAACCAGCUUGUGAAUGAUCACCACAGGUUGGGAUCUACAUCACUGAUGUCGCCAUGGAUUAUUAGUAACCCUUCCUUGAACGCCUUUGCGAUCUACCAAUCAGCUUUAUAGGGAAUUGGCAUAUGAAUAAGGAUAUGCUGGUAGGAGAUACAUAUCUUUCUCCUAUAGAAUGCUUCCUUUCUUUUUAGUACUGUAUUUGUAUUCAAAUGGAAGCUUUUCUUGCCUGGUCUUUACUGGCUGAUAUAAGCUGUUUGGUGCAUGACUUUUCUGAUCAUGCAAUCUGACUUGUAUAUUGUUUUAUCAUCUUAGAAUCAGAACUGAAUUAACAGCAAGUUGCCUA